AUGUUUUACUGCAUCGAGAACCGCUUCUUCGAGCCGGAGCAGAUCCGGUGGGAACGGCUUGACGACAGCGCCGAGCGCCCGUCGCCGUCGUUUUUCUUUCACAAAUACCAAUUGUAUCCGUUUAUCUCGGACUCGCCGCCGGGAAUGGACGCCGUGGGGCAUCAGCGCAACCACACUGGGCUGCCGGCUUCAGCAAGCGGUCGUCACCCACUCCAAACAUCCAACCCAACGUGCUGUAUCCCCGCGAAAACUAGUGGAAUCGUCUCCCUAUCCGUGCAAUUUGUGAUUCUGGUCGCCUCGGCGUUGACGACAAUCUUCUUCUUUUAUCAUGUGGGAGGCUACGAGUACAUGGGCUGGAAUGAGAACCGGACGAUUCUCGAGCCAAUUAUAUCCCCUAAUGAUUCGCGACGGCUGAUGGCCGCCACGACAAUGAUGACGGGUUUUGCGACGCUCGAGCCGACGCAAACUACUAUUGACGACAGCGGAGUGGCCGCGCUACUGGAUGGAGUGGUAGAUGAAAUUGAGACGAAUUCCACCACCCCGUUGCCAAAUUUUGGCCCCCCGAUCGACGAUUUUGCCACCGCGAAACCGAGGACAAAACGGGCCGAGAAAGUUGAAGUCGAGACAGUAGAAGCGGAAAACGCAACUCUGACUGCUCUCCUCGACUAUGAUGACAAUUCGACGCUCAGUUUUGAUGAUCAAGACGAGCAGAUGCCGAAUACGUCGCUGUAUAUUGGAUGGGUGGUGGACGCCGAGAUCGAUUUUCUUGAGCUGAUCAGAAUUUCGACGCUCGUAUACCUGGCUAUGUGCGCAGUUUGGUUCCUAUCGCUGCUAUGUUUGGUGGUAGCUAUCAAAACAGAAAUCCCGGAUUUGGUAGUCGCAAACAUGACCGUAACCCUCAUUGCGAUUCUCUACCUAAUCGUGCACGCAUGUUUCGUCGGAAUACUAAUCUAUCUACAGAUCGCGCUAAAUCGUCACUUGACUACAAAAACGCUUAUAGUCGUUUUUGGGACUAUCGCAGUUCUAUUCCUAAUGGCAAUUGCCGGCUUUUUCUGCGUGGUGCAGGAUGUCGCCUUUUAUAAUCACAUCUGCUACAUCAACGAUUCAUCAGGGUGCUUGUGCCUGUCCGCCAUCGCCAACCUCAUCAAGGGCACCCGACGCCGCCGCCCAGCACACGAAUACGCACUACCAGAAAAUACCCAAUCCCCACCCCAGCACAUCCCCUACGCCGACGACCCCCAAGCCCAGGAAUUCAGCCAUUUC